AUGGCAUCUCUCAAGUCCAUCUGCAUGAGCCUCUUCGCUCUCACUCCCCUUGUAGCCGGUCAUGCCGCUAUCAUCGCCGCAGUAGGCGACGCCGGUGGUGUGGGCAUGGCUCUGGGAAUCGACACUGCCACUCCCCGUGACGGAACAAGGCGUACACCCUUCCAGCAGGACACUACUCGAUUCCGUGGCCAGGCAGCCAAGACGGUCGGCCAAACAAUAAAAUCAGGUACCAACAAGGUCGAGGAGGGUACGAAGGCCGUCCUUGACACUACCAAGGACUCACUGCCGCAGGUGACUGCCGGUGGUGCGCUCAACAUGACGCUGCACCAGAUCAACCAGGACGGAGCUGGACCGUUUACUUGCAUGAUCAACGCGGAUGCGAAAGCGACGGAGUGGACUGAAAUCAAGGUUGCGACGAACGUCCCGGGCCGGAACGCAUCGACUAACAUACCUUGCAACAGGCCACCAAGACUAACUUCCCUCUGGUCGCUUCCAUCCCUGCCGACCAAGCAUGCACCGGAACCGCAGCUGGUCAGGACAACCUGUGCUUGGUACGGUGCCAGAACGCUCGCUCCUUCGGUGGUGUCGUGCCGUCCAGCUGGCCGGCGGUGCUGGUGCUGGAACUGGGGGCAGCAACACCAACACCACUACUGCUGCCAAGGGCAUCAAGCGUCCCCUUGCCAGGAGAUUCUUCGCGAAGCGUUCCGACCUAGAGAAGGAUUCAGUGGAGGACAUGGAGCAGUGGCAGCACUAGAGGGCACAGCCACUUCGCAGGUCAUGUUCUUGACGGUGCCGUGGGGAUCCGUGAGAAACCGAUGUUGCUGGUAA